UCUUUAUUUAUUUUUGUUUUUCUUUUCCCUUUAAUUAUAGCAAUUGAAAAAGAAAAAAGAAAAGGAGAAAACAGAGAGAGGAAAGCAACAGACUUUGCCUCCUUCACACCAAUAUAAAAAUGCUUUCUCUUUGUUUACGCAGAGAAGGAAGAAACAGAAAACAGACUCUCUCUCUCUCUCUCUCUCUCCAAAGGAAUUGCCUUUUCUUGAAAACAAUAAUAUAAAUUAAUUAAAAAUUAUUAUAUAUAUAUAUAUAUAAACCUUGAUGUGGGUUUUUGUUGUUGGAGGUGAUGAUAAUAGAAAAAAGCAACCAUAAAAUUUAAUAAUAUUAUUGCAGAAUCACUAAAUUAAGCAUAAAGCAAAUUGGUUGCUUUGUCGUUGAAAUCUUUCACCACUCGUAACAACACUCUUUUAAUGGCUUCUCUUCUUCUUAAAUUAUGUCGUCUUUUUUAUGUACUAUAUAUGUGAUUUAUAUUUAUAUAUAUAUAUCGCUUCUCUCUCUUCAUUUAUUCCAAAUUCUUGGAUUGUUCUCAGUUUUAUGAGCUCUCUUGAGACAUUUGUUUAAUUUGAUGUUGAUGAUGAUGAUAAUAUUCAAUUUUCUUUCUAUAACCGUCCCUUCUUUUACUUCCUUGACUUGACUUAGAUUUAGACUUUACCUGGAAAAUUUAGAAUUGGUUCUGAUCCAUGUCCAAAGGAAAAGAGAUAGAAGGUGAAGAUGAAGGAAAUGAUGUCUGCAGGAAUGUCUGCAAUCCUUGUACGAAAGGCUCAACAUUUGGUCCUGGCAAUAGCUUUUGGAUUACUUCUAGUAGUUCCCGACCAAAAAGGGUUAACAUUUGGGAAUCUAACAGAAGGGAAGAUGGAGGCGCCAGUGUGAUCAGAAAUUAUCAUAAGCCUAUCAAGAAAGAAGUGCUCGAGGAUUAUUCUGAUAAUAGUUCUUGGAUUACUUCUAAUUCUCCCUCAUCAGAAACUGCCAGUACUUGUGAAACUAACACAAUAAAAGGCCUGAGCAGGUAUGCAUUUUCUACUAGCGAUGGCCGAGUUGGUGAUUCCUCAAGUGUACAACCUCAGGAUGCAGAUUACUUCGAAUAUCCCCAGCUCAGUGAUGAGGUAGAGAAUCAAAUUUUGGCAAGAGUUCCAAGAUCAGAAUACUGGAAAUUUCCAUUGGUGAACAAGCGAAUAUAUGCUCUCGUGAAGAGUGGUGAGCUCUUUAAGAUUAGGAGGGAACUUGGGGUUAGAGAAUCAUCUGUGUUUAUGUUUACCACUGGAGACAGUGGUUGGUGGGCGUUUGAUCGACAAUUUAGUUGUCGUAGAAAGCUUCCAGACUUGCCAGCAGAUCCUUGUUUCUCUUCAGGGGAUAAAGAAACGGUUUGUGCAGGAACUCAUUUGAUCAUUUCAGGAAGGGAGAUAAAUGGUGUAGUUGUUUGGAGGUAUGAAUUGGAAACAAAUAGAUGGAGAAAAGGUCCUUCAAUGAUCAAACCUAGGUGUUUGUUUGCAUCAGCCUCGUGUGGUCUUUUUGCUUUUGUAGCUGGUGGGGUGACAGAAGCUGGUGCAGUUCUAAAUUCUGCAGAGAAAUAUAACCCUGAUACCAGAUCAUGGGAAACUCUUCCAAGGAUGCAGCGGAAGAGGCGACUCAGCUCAGGUUGUUACAUGGACAAUAAAUUCUAUGUGAUCGGUGGGCGAAAUGAGGAAGGAAGAUGUCUCACUUGUGGAGAAGCCUAUGAUGAGGAUAAAAAGACAUGGGAACUCAUUCCUGACAUGUUGGAGGAUACUCCUGUUGCAACUUACCAAUCUCCACCUCUUGUUGCUGUAGUGAACAAUGAACUUUACUCCCUGGAGACUUCAUCAAACGAGCUGAAAGUGUAUUCAAAACGAAGCAAAACAUGGAGGAAAUUAGGGCCAGUACCAGUAAGAGCAGAUUCUUCAAGAGGGUGGGGUGUAGCCUUUAAGUCUCUGGGCAACGAACUGCUUGUAAUAGGUGCAUCCACAUCCAUAGUCUCUUAUUCAGGAGAUGGUAUGGCUAUAUACACCUGCUGCCCAGAUGAUAAAACUGACCACGCGUUGCACUGGACGCCUCUUGAGUGCGGCAGAAACAGACUGAGCAACUUUAUUUUGAACUGUUCUGUUAUGGUAGCUUAAGAAAUUAACCCACCAAGGCAUUAGCAACUCAAUAAAGUUGUUUGAUGUGAGUCAAUAAUAGCUACAUUUAGAAGCUAGGAUUUGUAAUUUCAUUUUUCUCAGGGGGCAUUAGAAGGAACUUUACUGAAAACUAUAUUUCCUUCUAAGCAGAAUGUCCUGUCAAUUGCAAUGGCUUUGAAUCCUGCGUAUGUGUUUGAAGGUUUUGCUUGA